AUGACUGAAAACGGAUUCAGAUGUUGCUUGAAGACAACUCCAACCAAGACUCAAGAAUUCGUCACCAGUGGAUGCAACAAGCUCUACAAUAAUCUUCCAGGAAUGUGA